AUGCAACGAGCCACCAUUACACCCCCAUGGGGGCCCCAAGGGGGAAAUGUCCCUUUUCCCCAGGCCUACCCCCACCACAUGGAUUCCUCACGGGGGUUUACACGUCCGACACAAGGGAUACAAAGGGGUUUACCCCACACCUCAGCCCCCACGCGAGAGGUUCGAGGCCCCGGGGUCUCUUUCAGCUUGGGUCCCCCACCCUGCUCCCCGCCCCCCCCCCCCGCCGGGCGACGCGUCCCCGGCCGCCUGCCCACAGGGCCCCGAGCCCCAUCCCUCGCCCCGGCCACACUCCAGGCCGCCCCGGCUCCCUUCCCACCUUCAAGGCCCCUUCUGCACGCCGAGGCCAGGCAAAGGGGCCCGCCGCGCGGCGCCCAGAAACCCUUCCGGGCCCCGACACCGCGCGUGCCCGAAAAACACCACAAACCUCACUUCGGGGCCGAGAAAAGCACUGGAGGGGCCCGGGGCCCGGGCACUCUGGCGGGCGGGGGGGGCGCAGGCCUUGGCGGCGCCCAGGCCAAGCCGCCGCCGAGGCCCCGCCCCGACCCCUACCCGUCCCCUCCCGGCCCCUGCCGCCCGUGCCCCCCUCCACCUCGUGCCCUCCCUGCCCCCGGGCCCCAGGGGCACGCGGGGGGGCAGGGGCCCAUCCCGGCGCGGGCCACGCUGGGGGCGCGGGCCGGGACAGGGGCCGGCAGGAGGGGAGCGGCCCGGGCUGGGGGCGCCGGGCCCGCCGUCAGCUGUUUUUCACACCACCUGCCCCUCGGCCGCCCGUGCCCCGCACGCCCCCCGCGGCCCCUCCUCCACGCCCAGCCCUUACCUCUCGCCUCGCCCCCCGCCCGGCUGCUGCUCGCGGCCGCGGGGGGGCAAAAGGGCCCGAAAAAGAGCGCAAAGAGGCGGACUCGGCGCCGAGACCGCCGAGCAGGGGGGCCCUAG